AACUAUAAGACCCUCUCCAAUUUUUUAUCCCCCAGAACAUGGUGAUGAGUUUCCGGGUCUCAGAUCUUCAGAUGUUGCUGGGUUUUGUUGGCAGGAGUAAAAGCGGACUUAAACACGAACUAGUGACCCGAGCUUUGCAGCUGGUCCAGUUUGACUGCAGCCCUGAGGUGUUCAAGAAAAUCAAGGAGCUCUACGAGACUCGUUACAGCAAGAAGAGCUCGGAAGUGGCUCCGCCGCCGCCCCCGCAGCAGCAGCAGCAGCCGCAGCAGCCCCGGGCCGAGGCCCUGCCCUUACACUCGUCCUACGACCGCGGCAGCGCCGUGGCUCGGACUCUGCCCACCCCCAACAUCGACUACCCCGCCCUCUACGGCAAAUACCUGAACGGACUCGGGAGGUUGCCUCCCAAAGUUGCCAAGCCCGAGGUUCGCCUGGUCAAGCUCCCUUUCUACACCACCCUGGACGAGCUGCUGAAGCCCACGGAGCUGGUCCCCCAGAACAACGAGAAGCUUCAGGAAAGUCCAUGUAUUUUUGCAUUAACCCCAAGACAAGUGGAGCUGAUCCGAAAUUCCAGGGAGUUGCAACCCGGGGUGAAAUCAGUUCAGGUGGUGCUAAGAAUCUGCUACACAGACACCAGCUCUCCUCAGGAGGAUCAGUACCCUCCCAACAUCGCCGUGAAGGUGAACCACAGUUACUGCUCCGUGCCGGGCUACUACCCAUCCAACAAACCUGGAGUGGAACCCAAAAGGCCCUGUCGUCCCAUCAACCUCACGCACCUCAUGUACCUGUCGGCGGCCACCAACCGCAUCACGGUGACCUGGGGCAACUAUGGCAAGAGCUACUCGGUGGGGCUGUACCUGGUGCGACAGAUGACGUCGGCAGAGCUGCUCCAGAGGUUGAAAACCAUCGGGAUCAAACACCCCGAGCUCUGCAAAGCACUGGUGAAGGAGAAGCUACGCCUGGACCCGGACAGUGAAAUCGCCACCACGGGUGUCCGGGUGUCCCUCAUCUGUCCGCUGGUGAAGAUGCGUCUGUCGGUGCCGUGCCGGGCGGAGACCUGCGCGCACCUGCAGUGCUUCGACGCCGUCUUCUACCUGCAGAUGAACGAGAAGAAGCCCACGUGGAUGUGCCCUGUGUGUGACAAACCUGCCCCCUACGACCAGCUCAUCAUCGAUGGGUGA